GGCGUUUAACGGUAAGGUGUAUAGACGGAUGAAUAUUUACUAAUACGGACGUUCGGGCAUUACGUGUUUAUAUAAAAAAAGUUUGUCAGCAAUCAAUGUAUCAGUAUAAACACAUAUUUCGAAGUCUGCAUACACGUGACUAUACGAUGCGGUUAUCACUAAUAGUUUCUUCAAUGUUCGGCCUUUCCAUCAUUAUCCUAUUCGGCCAUUAUCCUAGUGGUCGAGAGCGAUCAUUACUCCAUUCCACCAUUCGUCUUACCUUCAAAAUAGUUGUCUAGUUUUUCUCAAUGAAAAUCAAGAACGUGCGCGAAGACUUUUGUGAGAAACUGUUCCGUUCGUCGAGGUAAACAAAUAAAAAAGAAAGCUCUCAUUGCCUGUUCAAAGACAAUCAAUAGAAUAAUCAUUGUUGCAUAUACCAACAAGAAGUUCGAAAAUCGGUUACGUAUACGAUUUUAAUACCACGGCUGUUGUGCACUUUUCAAUGCUAUUUUUGGCAUAAUCGUUGUGUGCGUACUUUACUCUCCUGCCUUUUCAACGCCCCGACAGUCAUAAUCAUCCCAAAACAAACACACAGCCCAUUUUCUAUCGAGCCGGCUAGUCAACCAGCCUGUUGAAUACAUUUGUUGACAUUUCAAAUUGUCAAUCGAUUGGUGAGCACCAGCGGCGUAAAAGGAAUACAAAGUAUUUAAAAUACAAAAAGGAGCUCAAUGAUCGGAGAUGCAAACGGAAAGCCAAUGAUAGCAACACACACCAACCACUAUGGGAUGCGUAUCGUCUUUGGUUAGAAGACUUUUCAACCAUGUAAGGUGUGAUGGCUUCAUGGGCCGUGCGUUGAUGAGGGAAUAUCAAGAUUUUGGUCAAUUUCAUUUUCAUUGGGCCGACUAUGUUGUUUUUGUGCUGAUGAUUGUUUUGUCCACGGGCACAGGCGUUUAUUAUGGAUAUUUCAAAAAGGAAAAGACAGCUAAAAAACUACCCCAUGCCGAUGUGGAGGAUGCUGCAAAGAGAACAACCGAUUUUGGUUCCUCCAAAAUGAAUGAAUAUCUCCUGGGUUCGCGUAAACUGAAGAUAUUUCCCGUCGCCAUGAGUUUGGUUGGUAGCUAUGUGUCAGGUGUUACUAUUCUUGGUACUGUGUCGGAGAUCUAUAAUUUUGGCACACAAUAUUGGCUAAUUGUGGUGGCUAUUGUAUUAAUGGCCAUUGUUGUUUCCACCGUGUAUUUGCCCGUUUUUGCUGCACUUCGUGUUGGAUCUUCAUAUGAGUAUUUGGAAAUGAGAUUUAAUUCAACCAUACGGAGUAUAGCAUCUAUUAUGUUUGUCAUGGAUGAAAUAUUCUUUUUACCAAUAAUUUUGUAUGUUCCAGCAAUAGCAUUUAGUCAAGUGACGGGAGUUAAUACCCAUAUCGUCAGUGGAGUUAUCUGUGUCGUAUGUGUCUUCUACACUUUAAUAGGUGGCAUAAAAGCAGUGGUCCAUACAGAUGCCUGGCAAAUCAUUGUAAUGUUUGUCUCCGUGGUCAUUGUGGUAAUUUUAGGCACGGUUUAUGCUGAUGGUUUUACAGAUAUUUUCAAAACUGCUGCCGAAGGAGGACGUAUUAUAUUCGGAAAUAUCAAUCCUUCGCCAUAUGAGCGUCAAUCGUUAUGGGCUGUUCUAAUCGGAGGUUUUUUCUAUUGGACCUCAUUUAAUUCGGUUAAUCAGACAAUGGUACAGAGAUAUAUGUCAUUGCCAUCGCUAAGGAAUGCCCAAUGGUCAGUGGCCAUAUUUACCGUUGGAAUAGUCAUGUUCAUAUCAGUCUGCUGUUUUGCCGGCUUGCUCGUUUACAAUUUUUACAGAAAUUGUGAUCCCCUGACCGCCGGUUUGAUUUCGAACGAUGACCAACUGCUGCCGGUUUAUGUAAUGCAAACCGUUGGAAAUCUACACGGUAUCCCUGGACUAUUUAUAGCCGGUGUGUUUGGUGCUGCUCUCAGUUCUCUGUCUGUAGUAUUGAAUUCCACGGCUUUGGUUGUUUUGGAAGAUAUCGUAAAGGGGUGUUUCCGUUGUAAGCUAUCAGAGAAAUCGUCUGCCAUUCUUGUUAAGACCUGUAUCGUUGUAUUGGGAGGUAUUGCUGUUUCACUGGUGUUUGUGUUGGAGAAACUAAGCGGUAUAUUAAGCGUGGCCACAUCGGUUACAGCGAUUGCAGCGGGCACUACUUGCGGUCUGUUCACAUUGGGAAUGCUGGUACCUUGGAGCAAUCACAAAGGCGCUCUUGCUGGUGCCAUAGCCGGGGCCUUAAUGUCCGGUUGGAUUUCGUUUGGCUCGCAAAUAUCUUUUGCCAAGGGUGAUUUAGUUUCUCAGAAGCUUCCAAUUUCUGUAGUCGAUUGUCCGGCAAAUGUGACAACGGUGCCCGAUGAUCCAUUUUACGACGAAUCCGACGUUUUCCCAUUGUACAGAUUAUCGUUCCAUUGGAUAAAUCCUAUUGGAAUAGCGUCGACAAUAUUGGUGGGAACCAUAGUGUCAUUUUUAACAGGACCUACUGUAUUGAAGAAACUAGAUGCCGAUUUACUCUCACCGAUUAUUCACAAAUUUUUACCAAAUGAAUGUUUUCCGGCAACCGAAUCAGAAACCGAACUGACGCGGGAUAACACAGCACAGACGUUAACACAUCUUUUGGGGAACUCAAGAGCUGGCCCAAAAAUGGAUCAUGAAACUGUAGCCGGUGGCAAAGGCCCAGAAAGAAAUAUGAAGUAAAUGUAUUUUCGAAAAUCUGUCUUGCCAAUAUUAGUCUACUCAAUUUAAGCUACUUUUAAAAAUAUACUUACAUAUACAAAAUACCAAUUAGGUGCCAACAAAAUGAGUGAUGAGACCAAUGGUCCAACGGCUAUAGGUCUGUUGCUACAGAGUUCCGAACCACAUUUAAAUUUGUGAUGAGACCAAUGGUCCAACGGCUAUAGGUCUGUUGCUACAGAGUUCCGAACCACAUUUAAAUAUGGUUUUUAGGUGUAAUUUUAAAAUAGAAGCUCAUAUAAUAUUUAACAAAAAGUAGUUUCAAGUGCAAUUUAUAUUUACGUUAGUUUUAAAACGUAAUUCUGUUGGAGUCACAACAUGCUAAUGGGAUAGCGAAAAUCAGGGGUGGUUGAAGUCCUAUUUCAAUUUUUCUAUAGGACUUGAUGCGAAGUUUACCAGAAGCGCAUAAAGGCGUAAACAGAAACAUUUUACAACAGGAGUAAAAUACUUAAAAUAAAAUAUAGUACAAUUUAAGCCCUAUUUGGAAGAAACCCAAAAUUAAGUAAUACAAAUUCAUAUGAAUCUUUAUAGUUUUUCAAGAUUUUCUUUUUAUACAAUUUAUGAAUGCUAAUAAUUUCAAAUCAACAUAUUAAUACUAACAAUUAAAAUUUGUUGUUGUAUUUCUACAAAACAAAGGUAGUACAACACUAGUGUAGGAACUAAAUUUGGUGAUUAUCUUAAUAUAAAAUACUAUUAUAGCUAUAUAUUCUACCUAUACAUGUAUGAAAUGGAGUUUAGUAGUUUGUUAAAACAGCUUGUUUUUGGCCUGAACUUUGAGACAGCGAUUCUCUAUUUGUGUAUCGUAGUACUUGUAACGUCAUUUUGCAAUAUAAACCUUUAAUCAAUCAACAAGUAUUUUCAAGUAUCUGUUAUUCCCAAUAAAUUUCUAGUGUUUUUGUGAAA